AAUCCGCGCCGGCCCGCUGCCAAGAUGGCUGCGCUGGUUCUGGCAGUUGCUAGGACCGCAUCAUGUUGGGCUUCAUUUCGGCUCGUCAGGCCGGGCUCGACGACCCGCUGCGGUUGCGCCGGGCUGAGUCCACCCGGAGGGUGCUAAGUUUGGAGUUAAAUAAAGACAGAGAUGUGGAAAGAAUCCAUGGGAGUGGUAUUAAUACCCUUGAUAUUGAGCCUGUUGAGGGAAGAUACAUGUUAUCAGGUGGAUCAGAUGGUGUUGUUAUACUUUACGACCUUGAAAACUUCAGCAAAAAACCUUGUUAUACAUGUAAAGCAGUUUGUUCUGUGGGCAGAAGCCAUCCUGAUGUACACAGAUUCAGCGUAGAGACAGUUCAGUGGUACCCUCAUGAUACUGGCAUGUUCACAUCAAGCUCGUUUGAUAAAACACUGAAAAUAUGGGAUACAAACACACUACAACCUGCAGAUAUAUUUAAUUUUGAAGGAACGGUUUAUAGCCAUCACAUGUCUCCUAUUGCUACCAAGCACUGUUUGAUAGCAGUUGGUACCAAAAGCCCUAAAGUACAUCUCUGUGACUUGAAGUCUGGAUCCUGUUCUCAUAUUCUGCAGGGUCACAGACAGGAAGUGCUAGCGGUAUCUUGGUCCCCACGUUAUGAACAUGUGUUGGCAACUGCAAGUGCUGACAGUCGAGUAAAACUAUGGGAUGUGAGGAGAGCAUCUGGAUGUCUGUUUACUCUUGAUCAACACAAUGGUGAAAAAUCCAAAGCAUCUUCUGAAGCUGCAAAUACUGCGCAUAAUGGAAGAGUUAAUGGCUUGUGUUUUACAAGUGAUGGGCUUCAUCUUCUGACUGUUGGUACAGACGAUAGGAUGAGACUCUGGAACAGUUCCACUGGGCAAAACACACUGGUGAACUAUGGGAAAGUUUGUAAUACAAGUAGGAAAGGAAUCAAAUUUGCCAUCUCUCGUGGCUGUAAUCCAGAAUUUGCUUUUGUGCCAUAUGAGAGUAACAUUGCUGUUUACACAGUUUACUCUGGUGAAUUGAUAACUAUGCUCAGAGGACAUUACAGCACUGUUGAUUGCUGUGUAUUCCAGUCUGAUUUUCAGGAACUAUAUAGUGGUAGCAAAGACUGCACUAUCCUAGCUUGGGUGCCAGCUCUACGAGAGCCUGUUCCUGAAGAAGAUAAUGAAAAGUCUCUACCUCUACAAAGCUUAAAUCCAGCCUAUGAAGAUGCAUGGAGCAGCAGUGAUGACGAAGGAUGAAUUUCAAUGAGUUGUUGAUAUAAAAUUGAUAAGUCAUGUUCUGUAUUCAUGAAGAAGGACUUUAUCUACAGAAUCAGACAAGUAUUUAUUGUCAUUAGCUGCUCUGUUCCGUUCUUCUAGAAACUCAGCCUUUCAGAAACAAUUUUUUCCAUAAAGUUACAACUAUACUGUUUUCACAUUUGCUCUCUCUUCUUGCCAUAUUUUAAAAUAAUAUUAAAUUUUCAUGUUUUCAUCAUCACCUACCCCGAUACUUUGGGCACAGUUUUUUGGGAGCCUCUCAGUCUCACAGAAGCUUCUCGACAGGUACAGUUAUAGGAUCCAGCUCUGGACGAGGCAAGAUUGGGAGUAUCUGUCUAGAUGCUUCUAUGAACCCCAUGAGUUUAGUACCUGAGUUAAUUCCAGGUGUGUACAAAUUAAAUUAGACACAGCAGAAGUCUCUACAGUCACUCCUUAGCUCUACAGUUCUCUUCUUGAGGCCCGCUUGAGCCUGGACUCUGCACUUUUGGAAGCACUGAAAGAACUUUGUUUGGGCAGCUAUUUAGUAGUCAAAAUGGGUCCAUGGUGUUGCUUAGUGGGUCUCUACUUUAUUUUGUUUCAUUUUUUUAAUUUUGUUUUAUUACUUCUACUUGCCCUUUUACGUUUGUUUCUCUUGCUGUAAACUGCCCUGAUCCUUUGUUGGGAAGGGCAGCAUAUGAAUUGCAUAAAUAAAUAAAUGACCCUGUAAAUAUGGUCAUAAGAUC